AUGAAUAACACCGUCCACAAGAAGCCGACUUUAGCGAUGGAGAUCGAGGCGCAGCCUGGCUACAAUGCCGCAUCACCCUACGAUCUCGACGAAAAAUCCGGCUUGGACAGAGCUGGUGCCAUCGAUGCCGAGAACCUCGAACACAAUAUGACAGUGCUGCAGGCCGUCAAGGCUUAUCCUGCUGCCAGUUUCUGGGCCUUUAUUAUGUCGUGCACUAUCAUCAUGGAGUCUUACUGUGUCUUCCUGAUGGGACAAUUCAUAGCUACGAAGCAGUUCGCUAGGGAUUUCGGCGUCUACAGCCCUAUCAGUGGCGACUAUAUUAUCGAAGCCUCCUGGCAAUCGGCGUUUCAAUGUGCUGGUCCAGUCGGCGCUUUCAUCGGUUGCUUCCUUGCUGGUCCCAUCACUUCCUGGAUUGGUUACCGUUGGGCAACUAUCGGCGGCCUUAUGGCCCUGAAUGGUUUCAUCUUCGUGUUCUAUUUCAGUAACAGUCAGGGCAUGUUUUUCGCCUCCCAAGUCUUGGAAGGCAUCCCAUGGGGCAUUUUUAUCGCUAAUGCUCCUGCUUAUUGUUCGGAGAUCGUGCCAAUGAGAUUGAGAGCGCCGGCAACGCAGAUGUUGCAAAUGUUUUGGGCAAUCGGCUCAAUUAUCGUUGGUGGUAUCACUUAUCACUUCCAGUCCAAGCCCAACGCCUCUUCUUACAGAGUUCCCAUCGCACUCCAGUGGAUGUUCCCGACUCCUCUCGCUAUCCUCCUAUUCAUUGCACCUGAAUCGCCUUGGUGGUUGGUGCGAAAGGGCAGGCUGGCUGACGCAGAGAAAGCUGUCAAACGUCUUGGCCGUGCCAACGCAGGCGACAAUCCUCAAGAUCAAGUAUCUAUGAUGCGUCGCACUAUUGAACUUGAGAAGACGGUGAAGAAGCCUACUCUCCUUGAGUUGUGGAAGGGCACCGAUCGCUAUCGCACAUUAAUCGUGUGCGGUGUGUAUGCAUCUCAAAACCUGACGGGCAAUCUGAUUGCCAACCAAGCCGUCUACUUCUUCAAACAGGCUGGCAUGGCAGACAACACCGCCUUCGCACUCGGCCUCAUCACCUCUGCACUACAAUGGAUUAUGGUCAUGGUCUCCUGGGUCCUGACCACCUACCUGGGGCGCCGUACAAUCUAUGUCUACGGCCAGGCUAUUGCCUGCGCCUUCUUGGUUGCGCUUGGUAUCGCCGCCUCCGUUGGUCGCAGCACAGCAGCCUCAAACGCGCAAGCUUCCCUCGGCCUCAUCGUCUCGGUCCUCUUCUGCCUUGGUCCAGCUCCCGCCUCCUGGGUUAUCAUUGGCGAAACCUCUUCUGUGCGCUUGAGACCAUUGACGACUGGUGUUGGACGUGCCGCAUAUUACUUGGUCAACAUCCCGUGCAUCUUCCUUGCGAGCUAUAUGCUCAACACCGACAAGUGGAACCUCGGAGGUAAGAGUGGGUAUAUUUGGGCUGCUACUGCGUUGAUAUGUACCGUCAUGAGUUGGAUCUGGAUUCCCGAAAUGAAGAACAGGUCCUUCCGCGAGAUUGACAUUUUGUUCACCCGCAAGGUCCAGGCUCGGAAGUGGAAGAAGACGGUAAUCGACGUCAAUGAUGAUCAGUAG